AUGUAUCACUAUUCAAAGCUUGGAUCUGAGGGUGAGGGUUUCCGACUCUUGAGGCUACUGAAAGGGAGUGGUCCUGAAAUCGAAUGCGACCUCUUCCUACAGUCACUGCAAAGUGUACACCUCCCAUACGAAGCUCUUUCCUACGCAUGGGGCAGCAACGAGCUUGUCGAGUGUAUCAAACUUGAUGAAAAGUCAUUUUGGAUAACUGAUAACCUACAUGCGGCAUUGCAAAACCUGCGGUUACGCGACAGGAAUCGUAUUCUGUGGAUCGACGCGAUUUGUAUAAACCAAGAAGACAAAGUGGAACAGAGUCACCAAGUUCAGCAGAUGGGGCAAAUAUAUGAAAAGGCUGAGAAACUUCUCAUCUGGUUGGGCAAGGCGACGCCGCAAAUGAUCGCCUUGAUGGAAAGACUCAACCAAUUUCGAAACGCCGAUCCUGAUUAUCACUACAAGCUAGAAACGUUCCAAGACUGGAAUUGGACGGAUCAUUCUAUCGCAAUCAAGCAAAUUCUGAACCGAGAAUGGUUCACAAGGGUCUGGAUCCUACAAGAGGCAGCCAAAGCCAGCAGAGCCGAUGUUUGUUGUGGCGCUGGAUCUAUUCCAACAGAAAUCCUUGUCCUUGCACUCUCCUUUGUAAAGCAAGAGUUUCCACCGCACUGCCGACCUAUAUUAGACAUAAUGGCAAAGUCAUUCCGGUCAAAGUCCUGGUGGGCACAAACACGCGACUUACGCACCCUUCUGCGCAAGUUUCAUGGGAGCAAAGCAACCGAUGAGCGCGACAAGAUAUAUGCCCUGCUUGGUAUGUCUUUGGAUCCUCUAGACACAAAGAGUAUUACCAUAGACUACCAAAGGCCGACUUCCCAGGUUAUUCAAGAGGUUAUUAAAUAUUUGCUU